UAUCACGUUUAGCUAAGUCGAGCACAAUAAUCCAACAAUUCAUCAGCAAUCUUAAGAUAGCGUUAGUUCUAUUUCUAUAAACAAAAAGAAGAAAGCAAGAUGGCAGCUAAUCGAUUGCGCGAAGCGAUGAAGAACCUGGGCCAGCAAAUGGGCAACAUGGGUGGUGGCGGCGGUGGAGGCGGAAAACGAGGUGGUGGAGGCGGAGCUCAAGCAGCGGCUGCCGCUGCGGCUCGAAGUGUGGGAGCCAUUGCCGUCGCUACUGGUCUGGGAUACGGAGCCUACAAUUCCAUCUACACAGUCCAAGGAGGUCACCGUGCCGUGGUGUUUAAUCGUAUUGUGGGAAUGAAAGAUACCGUCUAUGGCGAAGGUCUCAAUUUCAACAUUCCCUGGUUCGAGAGGCCCAUCAUCUACGACAUCCGAACACGACCCGUCAACCUGCAGACUCUCACGGGAAGUAAGGAUUUGCAAAUGGUUACCAUUGCCAUUCGUGUGCUGCACAAACCGGAUCCUAACAAGUUGGUCUGGAUCUACCGAUAUUUGGGACUCAAAUACGAUGAGAGGAUCUUGCCCAGUGUCAUGAAUGAGUGUGCCAAAGCCGUCGUGGCACGCUACAAUGCCAAUGAGUUGCUCACCAAGCGUGACCAGGUGUCUCGAGAGAUCUCGGUCGAGUUGAGAAAGCGAGCUGGAUUUUUCAACGUUUUGCUGGAGGAUGUGGCCAUUACCCAUCUCAGUUUCAGCCCAGAAUACGCCAGGGCUGUCGAAGCCAAGCAAGUUGCCCAACAGGAUGCUGAACGUGCCAAGUACGUUGUCAUUGGAGCUCAGCAAGAAAAGAAAACCAUCAUCACCAAAGCCAAGGGAGAAGCCGAGUCUGCUUCUCUCAUUGGUAAUGCUGUAAAGCGAAACCCUGGUUUCAUGAAAUUGCGUCGCAUUGAUGCCGCUAGAGACAUUGCUGAUAUUGUGGCGGGAAGUGGAAACAAGGUGUACUUGAAUGCCGAUUCUCUACUCUUGAACCUUCUUGGAGAUGCUGACGACAAAUUUGAAAGGUCGGUCCAGAGCAAAAGGCGCCUCUGGUAGAUGCUUGAGUGAGCAGUCCGCCACAGGAACUGACAUAAGGUCAGGAUGUUGAUAAUACUGGUAGUAAUGAAGGUUGCAUUGAAUGCAUGCUUUGCCUUUUGGAUAAGAAAUUAAAUUCUUCACUGUUGAUACACUCAUCGAUUUCACCUCGCUUUCCAAAACUAACGUUCAGUAAUACCUGGGCUUUGGGAUACCGCAGGGCCGUACGCUGCUGGUGCUGCAGUGGGUCUUGGAAUCAUGGAACUUGAUCCUGAUCCUGCGUUUACAGUCGUUGAUGACAGCUUGGAAGCUUUCAGAGAAUUCCAGGUACUGUACAUGCUUAAUUCGUGCACUAAG